GGGCGCGCGGCGGAGCAGCGCCGCGGUCUCGGCCAAGCGCAGCUAGCGGUCCGUGCCGUCCGAGCCCGACCAGCCGCCGCCCCGGGCAGUCGCCCUCCAACAGCUCCGCCACGCAGGAACCACAGGGUUAAGGCAGGCGCUGUGUAGCCUGGGGUCCCGCUACAGACUAGUGAGAGGCUAAGGCUCCGGGGACGUCGGGGCGGCCACCAUGGUGGCCACGUGCCUGCAGGUGGUGGGCUUCGUCACGAGCUUCGUGGGAUGGAUCGGUAUCAUCGUCACCACAUCUACCAACGACUGGGUGGUAACCUGCGGCUACACCAUCCCCACGUGCCGUAAACUGGACGAACUGGGCUCCAAGGGGCUGUGGGCGGACUGCGUCAUGGCCACGGGGCUGUACCACUGCAAGCCCCUGGUGGACAUCCUCAUCCUGCCGGGCUAUGUGCAAGCUUGCCGGGCCCUGAUGAUUGCCGCCUCCGUCCUGGGGCUGCCAGCCAUCCUCCUGCUGCUCACCGUGCUCCCCUGCAUCCGGAUGGGUCAUGAGCCUGGCGUGGCCAAGUACCGGCGGGCCCAGCUGGCUGGGGUGCUGCUCAUUCUGCUGGCCCUCUGCGCCAUGGUCGCCACCAUCUGGUUCCCUGUGUGCGCCCACCGGGAGACCACCAUCGUGAGCUUCGGCUACUCUCUGUACGCGGGCUGGAUCGGGGCUGUGAUGUGCCUGGUCGGGGGCUGUGUCAUCGUCUGCUGCUCCGGAGACGCCCAGGCGUUCGGGGAAAACCGCUUCUACUACUCGUCGGGCUCCAGCUCCCCGACGCAUGCCAAGAGUGCUCACGUGUAAACAGCCAGCCCCAGGCGGCCCUCCGAGGUGCUGUAGAGGCUGGCUGGGCCCGCGGCGGCGAGGGGGCACGCUCCUCCGCCAGGCUCCAGAGGGGCUAGCGAAACACCAGGCCUGGCCUGCCUCAGUCUUAACACCACCCUCCACCCCGACCUUUUGGUUG